CAACCUAAAGGUUACACACUUGGCCUUUAAAGGUGCCUAAUUACACUAACACAUUGUAUCUGGUAUUUUGGAUGUCAUAAUGUUAUGUAAUUAUAUGAACUGAAAUCCAAAUCCAGCGUGAUUGGACAAUGGGUCUACCCAUUGAAAUGCUACUGCUCUGGUGAGCUUAAAAACCCUAACAGCUGUGUGGUAAACUCCAUUGUUAGUUGUAGUGAAAGUUGUUUGAUUGAGCGCAGUUAUUUUUGUAAAAUGAUUAUGGCUGAUUUACACGUUGAAUGACCUUUUGCUUUGAGAUUAGAUUUUUUUAUCUUCAUAUUGUGUUGAAUAUGUCUUUUCAGAAUUCUUCAAUUGAAGUUACAGAGUUUCUUAUAGGUGGUUUUGACACAAUCGGAAGACCUAUGGUAGUCGGUGUGGUUAUAUUGAUUACUUAUUUAAUAGCUACCCUAGCCAAUAUAGUAAACAUUGUCCUCAUUAUUUGUGACAAGAGAUUACACAAACCAAUGUAUCUUCUGAUUUGCAACCUUGCUGUUGUUGAUAUACUGAACACCUCCAGUACCAGUCCAACAAUAAUUGGGGUUCUACUUGUUGGUGUUAAUACUAUAUCCUAUGUACCGUGCCUAAUGCAAAUGUUUAGUUUGCAUUUGGCAGCAGUGAUGGAGAUGUUUGCUUUAGCGGUUAUGGCAUUUGAUCGAUUGCUUGCUGUUAGCUAUCCUUUUCAGUACCAAAGUUAUUUAACAAAUGUUCGCACUCUUCUAUUGAUAUAUCUCGUGUGGAUUGUUGCCUGUAGUUUUGUGGCUGUAAUGCCGGCAACUGUGCUUCCUCUCCCUCACUGCUCCUCAAAGCUGAAGUACAUUUACUGUGACUAUGCUGCCAUUAUAAGAACUACUUGUGCUGACCCCACUUAUUACUUUAAUAUGAUUUCAAUCAUAUCAUUUUUUCUUCUGUUUUUCACUUUCAUUUUCAUUUGCCUGUCAUACUUUUGGAUCAUAGUUUUUGUGAAAUUAUCCUCAAAUAGUGACAAAAGAAAAAUGGGCAGCACUUGUCUCAGUCAUUUUAUCGUAGUAAUAUGUUAUUACUGUCCAUUAUUUAUCCGCAUUAUCUUGACCAGGUUAGGUGUGGUAUUAAGUCUUGACGAGUGGAAUGGCUUAAUGAUCGGGUCAAUCCUUGGCCCAUCUCUUGUAAAUCCUUUCAUUUACUGUCUUAGGACAAAAGAAAUGAGAUAUAAGAUCUUUCAGAUAUUCAAAAAAGUUCAAACAUCUCAGUAGAUUGUUGUGAGCUGUGAAUUUACUUUCAUAUACAAGUUUAUGGUCUAAGUAUUAUGCUAAAAUGCAUGCAUUCAUCUAUGCAUUUUCUAAAUUGUUCAAUGUUGUUCUCAUUGUCAGUAAACUGUAUGCCAUUGUAUAAAGUGAAACAUUUGAAGUUGAAGUUGACAUAAUCAACAAAUGUGACAUUGGAUUAUCAUGUCAUACAAAGAAAAUUCAUAUGUACAACAGAUGCAAGUCUCAGAAACAUCUUAGAGCUGCAAGGAUUAGAUAGUAAACUAAAUAUCUUUGAACUGUUGCCAUUGUGAUGGAGACCAGGACUUGUUGAUUUGAAUGAGUUUAAUUGCAAAUAAGCUGAAGAAAACAGUACAACUAAUACACACUAUACACACAGACCAACAGGUGGUCACACAAGUCUAUCACACUUCCCUUUUAUGUACAUGUCAGUGGGUUUGGGUACAAUGCUAUAUUGGUAAGAUGAAAUAAUACAUUUGAAGUCACCUCUGUAUGCAGUUUUCAUUAUUAUAUUUUCUUUAUGGACCAAAUCAUAAAAUAUUUUCCACAUUAGGAUAUUACAAUAUACACAUUAUUUAGCAUUGUCAGCAGCCUUUAUGUAGCCUUGUAUCAGGAUUAUCUUUGUAUAAUAUUAGCUGUGUUUACAUAUUUUUUUCAGGAUUUAAAGCCAUGUGUUAGCGUUCAUCUAUAAAACACUUGUGUCUUGGAUGAGGUCUGGAAAACCAGUGCCUUUUGAAAGGCAGUUGUUGUUAUUCAGACACAAACCAGCUGCAAGUUGUCUGAUAAGAAUAAGCCACAUGCAAGUUAUGUCUCACCACACAAUCAAUGUUGCACAAAUUAAAAAACAAAAAAUUACAAAAGAGCAAAAAGAUUUGAUGAGUAUCAACAAUAGCAACAUUAUGUCACUGUCCUUUAAAAAAAUAAAAGAAACAUCUCCAAUAACAACUACUCCUGUUUUCAGCUUUUAGACAGUUUUCAGAUAAUCCACUGGGUUUUUAAAUUGUUUAUUUUGUUUGAGAAGUAGCAGCCCAUAUGUUCAUAUGUAUAUAUAUAUAUAUAUAUAUGUUUGUGUAAAUAAAUAUAUACUAUUGAAA